AUGGAAGACUUUCCUGAAAGUGUGUCUGAAACAUCACAAUCUAGUAAAACACUUGGCAAACGGAAAGCAGACGAAACACGUCUUCAAAGAGUCUUAGUAAAUAAGGGUGGACGACCAAAAGAUCCCGUUUGGGAAGACUUCGAUACUGGUGAAUCCGAUGGUAAAGGUCACUAUGGUGCUCAAUGCGAUAUUCCUGAUAAUUUAAGAUGUUAUUAUUUAAUUAAACCACGUUCAUAUUGUAAACCUAUAUCAAGUGAAAAAGUUAAUGAAAUUAAUAAAGCUUUACUUAAAGCUUUUGUUUGCGCGAGAAUUGCAUUCUCUGUAAUUGAUAAUCCAUUUGUUCGUGAUCUUCUUCAUCUACUUGAGCCGGGUUGGGAUUUAACUACUUAUACUGAUAUGGAAAAUAAUAGUAUAGAACUGGAACAAGAUGAAGAUGUUUUGAAAUCUGCUCAGUCAAAUAAUAACAAGCUUGAAAUCGGCCUAAUAGUCGAUUUUUCACAUGCAAAUUUUGGUGGGCAAGGUAAUGCCGAAGAAUUAUCUCGUGCAACACAAAGAAGUGGUAAUAUGGAAUUUGAUCCUGUAGCAAUUGUAGAAAGAGAAUUUCAAUUUUUUAAUGAUGAUUUAUUAUAA